GCUUUGAGACUUGAGACAGGAGUGAGAGGAAAGAGCCGCCAUAGUAGUAGGCGGCCGUGGUUCGUACGACGGCAUGGUGGCCUCUGCUCGCGGCUUUGUGUUCGUGGCCGUGCUCUUUGUGUCUUCCCUCUUGUACUCGGUGACCCUGUUGACGCCGGCGCUGCUGCUGCUGAUCCCGAUCUCGCCGCCUGGGGUGUACUUAUUCUUCCGGAGAGCGUAUAGGCGAUGGUCCGGCUUCGUCGGUUACCUCUUUUUCGCAAUGGCGGCAUUCUUGUUGGAGAAUUUGUGCGGCAUCAAGGUGAAAAUCACAGGAGACCGCUUGGAGUUUGGAGAAGCCGCUUUGAUCAUCUGUAACCACCGUACGAGGGUGGACUGGAUGUUCUUGUGGUGCUUGUGCCUGCGACAAGGACAGCUGUCGAGCCUGAAGAUCGUCUUGAAGGAAUCGCUCAAGGGAAUUCCAGGGUUCGGUUGGGCCACCCAGAUGCUGCUCUUCGUGUUCCUGAAGAGAGACAAGACUAAGGACUUGCAGCGGGUGAGGGAGAUCAGCGACUACCUGGUGGGCCUCGACAUGCCCACGACGCUGCUCCUCUUCCCGGAGGGCACAGACUUAAGCCCGAACAACCACCUCAAGAGCCUCGCCUUCGCCAAGAAGGAAGGGCUCGCCGAGUACCAGUACGUGCUGCACCCGAAGGUCAGGGGAUUCUCGGAGUGCAUGCAGGCGCUACGGCCAGGCCUCGAUGCCGUCCACGACGUCACGAUUGCGUACCACAACUACAAGGACGGCGGUCCCCCGUCAGAAAACACGAUGCUUGCAGGGUGUUUCCCUCCGGAGGUCCACAUGCACGUGACGCGUUUCGCUGUUGCAGACCUGCCAACAGAUGAUGAUGGCCUUCAACAGUGGUGCCGAGAGGCUUUCACCGAGAAGGAAGAGCGACUAAGAGAGUUCCACCAGGGCCCGCGAUCGUUCGACCAAGCCGGCCGGCUCGACGAGCACGGCGACGACGACGAAGCUUCGAGGAGCGGGUUGCUGGCCCUGGUGUUCUUCGUUGCCUUUUUCCUCCUUGUGGCCUUGUACGGCGGCAAGGUUUUCUACGCGGGAGCGGCGUCGGCGUGCUGCCUGUGCACCCUCGUCACCUCGCUCGGCGGUUUUGACACCCUGGAGCUGCGGUGGUCGAGGUUCUCCUUCGGGACGUCAUCGGGGGAGUUGAAGCAAGACUGAUCGGGAGUUUCAUCAUGUGUCCCCGCGAUAACAAAAUGUGGUGCAAAAUUUUGUUGUGUGCUGCUUGGUUGUUUCGUAGGCCUGAAAUUGGUUGCAAUAUAGAUCCGGGCAAGAGUAUGUACAGAAAAAUAUGACGUAAGGUAUACAUGGGAUGAGAAAAUCACUUCGUCCCCAGGCCUGCGUUUUGAAUUGUUGUAGAUCCGAGCAAUGGUAUGUACAGAACAAAUGGCAUACGUACACGGGAUGAGUACAUGGGAAGUCAUUCGUUCCGGCGGCUAUUUGUAUAGUCCUCCAGAAAUUCAUGAGCAUGUCCACCAUCACGAGACUCGAUGACUUGUCCGCAUCCAUCCUCGACAUCUGUGUGUGUGUGUGUGUCUAGGGCUGGGAUUAGGGUUAGGGCCAAGGUUAAAGAUAACCUUUC